UUAGAAUAAUGGGAAAAUUAAAAAGUAGUUGAAAUUAGACAAAAAGACUAAGAAAGUUGUAUUAAUGUUAAUAAUAAAUUAUCAAAAAGUUACAAAAAAAUUAGAGAAAAUUAUCAAAAAAUGUUAAUGCAUUUGAUUAUCAUUAAUUGUAAUGUUUUUUUUUUUGAAGAUGUCUGGACAUGGAAUAGGCAAACCGUACAUGAAUAAGAAAAGAAUGGAGGAAAAAACGGAAGGAAGAAUGGAAGGUCGUGCUUGUAGACUUACAGGGACCGGUAGAAAAGAAAAUGAAGAAAAAAAUCCACGUAAGGUUAAGGGGAAGAAGAAGAAUGCGGAAAUAGGGCGUCCCGAUGGUCGCCCUACUAUGGGACAGUUAUCUCUUAGUCGAGGUACUACCUCCACCCCUACUCCUGAGGAUGCGACGCCGUGGGAGGCUAAUUGGAGUGAUUCAGUUUCUAUGGACGACGACGAUGAUGAUGAUGAUGAUGAUGUGGCUGUUGAUGAGGUUGGGGAUGCCCCACCUGAAUCUGAUGUAGGCAUCGGUAAGAAGAGACGAGUUGGGACAUCUUCUAUAGCUUCUUCGCACUUUCCACAACGUGGGCUAGAUGGACGCUACGUUGCGAGACGUAGUAGUGAGGAAGACGGUGAUGGUAAGAAGAGGAAGAAGGGAGUAAGGGGGGGCAUGUCGUUGCAUCAAAUACAAUAACUACAACUACAUCUAACCAUCAACCGGCCGGGUUUAAACUAUCAUAAAAUUGGCGUUCUUGUGAGAAGAAUUGGUCCCAACCAUGGACACUAGGAUCAUGAUAAAUAGGCCAAAUCCCA